GAGGGGUUCGAAGCCAACAUGUCUGCACUUACAGCCCUGAUGGAGGACAGCGCCUCCGUCACAGUGGUACUCGUCUUUGCGACUCUCCUCUUCCUCGUCCUCCUCUUCAAGCCCUCGUCCAAAGGUAACAAAUACAAGUUCCCCCCGGGUCCUCGGCCUUGGCCCAUCAUCGGCAACAUCAACAUCCUCAAUGUGCAGCAACCACACGACACCAUGUGCAAGCUGUCCGAGCAGUACGGAGAUGUGUUCACGUUCCACAUGGGCACCAGGAAGUACGUGGUCAUUACCGGGUACGAGGCAGUGAAGCAGGCACUGAUCACCCAGGCUGAGGAGUUUGGGGAGAGGGGAAUUACUCCUGCCAUCCAUUUAUUCGUCAAGAGCAAGGGUCUGGUCUUUGGUGUGGGCGAAUCCUGGAAGACGAUGCGGCGGUUCACACUGACCACGUUACGGGACUUUGGCAUGGGUCGCAGCACCAUUGAGGACCGCAUUGUAGAAGAGACUCAGAGGUUGCUGGACGUCUUCCAGCAGCACCAGGGAAAACCCUUCGAUCCCACAGUCAACAUCAAUUCGGCUGUCUCCAACAUCAUCUGCCACCUGGUGUUCGGACACCGUUUCGAGUACGACGACCCCGUGUUCCUGCAGCUCCAGAGAAGAGUCAAUGAAGUCAUCCAGUUGAUUGCCUCCCCCGAAUUGCUGGUGUACAACCUCUUCCCGAAACUUGGGGCAAUGUUAGCAGAUGUUAAUAAGAUAAAGGAAAACUUGGAGAAGAACCGUUCAUAUUUCGGGAGUGUGUGCCAUCAGCAUAAGGCUGAACUCAACAACAAUGACCUGAGGAGCUUCCUGGACAGCUUCCUGGCCCGACAGAAGGAGGAGGAGUCCAGGAACACCAACACCUACUUUGACGAGGAAAAUAUGGUCGUGACGAUCGCAAACCUCUUUGCUGCUGGCACUGAGACAACCUCCACCACCCUCCGCUGGGGCCUGCUCUUCAUGAUGAAGUAUCCCCACAUCCAAGAGAAAGUACAUGCAGAGAUUGAACGUGUGAUCGGCAAAGAUCGUCCCCCGAGGUACGAAGAUCGAAAGAGCAUGCCGUACACAGACGCCGUGGUGCACGAGAUCCAGCGUUUUGGGAAUGUUCUUCCCAGCAACCUGUUGCACCAGACCAAAGAGGACACGACCUUCAGAGGCUACCACCUCCCCAAGGGAACCCCCGUCAUCCCCUUGCUCACCUCUGUGCUGUUCGACAAGACACAGUGGGAGACGCCGUACGAGUUCAACCCGGGACACUUCCUGGACGCAGAGGGACGCUUCGUCAAGAAGGACGCAUUCCUCCCCUUUUCCGCAGGACGCAGGGCAUGUGUGGGCGAGACCCUGGCCAAGAUGGAGCUCUUUCUAUUCUUCACGGCCCUCCUGCAGAGGUUCCGUUUCCAUCCUCCCCAGGGCAUCAGGUCCGAGGACCUGGGCUUGUCUUCGCUCCCAGGACUCACAAACUUGCCGAGACCUUAUGAGCUGUGUGCUGCUGUCUGUUGACAUGAGGAGAAAAACGUGGAAACACACACCUGAAUAGUGUCCCUGCUGUAUGUGAAGACUACAUGGCUUACACACACGUUUGUAUACUGCUGCAUUAAUCAGUCUAUGCUAAUGGCUUCCAGUAAUUUAUAGCGAUGGCAGUAUAGUGAUGAGAGCUGCUGCCAUUUGGACCCAAAGGCUUAAGGUUUGAA